AAGGCGAGGUUAUUGAAGCACAAGUCAAGUGGAUACUAACUGAAAAACAAUAAACGAUUGUACAAAAUGAAAUCGCUGGUUCUAGCAGCAGUAAUAAUGUCUGCCGGUGCUGGCCAAAGUCUAGACAUCGUGCCCAUAAAAGAAUGGGGUGGAUCAGAGCUACAGUACAAGAACGAACUUGAGACCCCGUUGCGGUUUGCUAUCGUUCACCACACUGUGACUAAUGAAUGUAGCACCGACGAGGAGUGUGUGAGUCUACUGAACAAUAUACGGGGAUUUUAUAUACAAAGUCAAAUUGGUUGGGGCGAUGUUCCUUACUCGUUCAUGAUCGGAGGAAAUGGGAAGGUAUACGAGGGCGCGGGUUGGCACAACUCUGGCGCUCAUACGUUCCUCUACAACCAGCGGUCCAUCGGGAUUGGUUUCCUUGGUGAUUUCAGAGAGAAAACUCCGACGCCAGAAGCAUUGCAGGCGGCGCAAGAUCUAUUAAACUUUGGGUUAGAAAACAACUACCUUUGGGAUGAUUAUAAGCUGCUAGGCGCUAAGCAAAUUGUUAGCACUGAGAGCCCAGGAGAUGCCUUACAGAAAGUCAUUGAGGGCUGGCCUCAUUGGGCAGAGAACCCAUUUUUUUAGGUAUUUUUGAUUAAUAAAAUUAAAGCAUUAAGUUCUCUA